UUCUGUAGAACAUUAGCAGCUUUUUAAUAUUAGAAAAAAUGGACAAGAAACCGACGACGCACUUGGAAAGGAAAUUAAAGCAAUUUAAAUCAAAAACGCGAAACAACCUUGUUGAACAGCAUCUACAAAAGGUACGGUUAAGGGAACAACUUGCAGAACUGAAGAACAAUUUGAUUACCAAAGCCUGCGCUAAGAUUAAAGACGAUCUCAAGAAGGAAGAUUUUUACAUAAUUUCGAUGGCAUACUUUUGCCGUACGAUUGACAGUGAUUAUUUACCGGCCGAGCUAGGUGUAAUAAAAUACAGUCUGCAAGGCGGUGUUCAGAAGCAACUUCACAUGCAUAUCAAUCCUGGAAAAAUUCCGACUGGUUUAGCCUAUCAGGCGCAGAGUCAUUCGAAAAAUAGCCAUGAACUGCCGAUCCCUCCAAACGCGUUGGGCUUGACAGAUUAUGAUGAAAUAGCGAAGAGGUUAGUUAACUUCUUGAAAAUGGAAAAGAACACUCCAUUGCUGCUAUUCACGGAAAGGCAGGAGGUGCCAAUGGUGGAAAAUAUGCUUAAAGCCAUAUUGGGGAAUCUUACCGCAGAGGGAAUGCUAUACGUAUGCUCCCUCCCGGAACUGUUCCAUCAGCUGCAACUUGCCGUGGAAGCUUAUGAUAAAGACGAGGAGAUUCCAUCAUCCGCACAUAAGGCGCAACAAAUGCUGGAUGUGGAUUGUUUCAGCUACACAACGGGCAUCAGCUGCGAUUAUCACGAAUCAAAUGAGUUGUUGAUACACUGUGCGUUGUCCCAAUGCAUACGCUGGUCAUACACCAUUUCCAAAACGUGCUGUAAGUCUCUAGGCAUCGAUUUAAUUGCUGGUAAGCAUAUGCCUUCAAUGGUGGUUAUGACACAACCGUCAACAAGUAAGGUGGAAGAAGACGACGAUGCGGAUAGUUACGAUGAUUUGUCCUUUGAUCGACUGUCGAUCGCAUCGUAUGCUACGGAUUAUACUGACAUGCUGCCGGCGGAUGUUGAAACAUAUGACGGCCCGGUUUGUAGCAAUGACGAAAGCGUCCUCAGAUCGAAUGGCUUACUGGAGCUACUUGGACAAGGAAACAUAGAGCCGCAAAAGGAAACAGUCAGUGUCGAAAAGAAAAACAAUGCCGAAACAGGAAACGACAAGGAAUCGUUGGAUUCUGGUAAUAAUUUAGAUGAAUCCAAAAAGGAAAUUUUCGUUUUGACCCCGUACGGCCGUUACUUAUUGUAUGGAAAUUCGAAUGAUUCAUACGAUGGUAAACCAUGGUAAUUUCCAUGGUCUCCAAAGUAUGAUAAAUAGUUUCGCUUUUUGCUAUCUCCUAACUAUCUGUUAUGAGUUUAAGCUUUACCAUAAUUUUGCUUCUAAAAUAAGCAUUUCAGUAUUGGCCCAAGCACUACUAACAGCCGAUUAAGCAAUCACUAAUGUUUAACGUUUAGUGUGAUGAGCUCAAAUUCAAAAUGAAAAUA